GUUUUCACCAUGGUUAACAAGGAAGUCCACGACGCACUCGCGGCCUUUGUCGCCGAGCGAGACUGGGCACAGUUCCAUACGCCCGAGAACCUCGCCAAGAGCGUCUCUAUCGAAGCAGCCGAACUCCUCGAGUGCUACCAAUGGAACGCCGAAGCUGACCCCAAGCGCGUCCGCGAAGAGCUCGCCGACGUCCUGACCUACUGUCUCCUCCUCGCCGACCGGAUCGGGGUGGACCCGGCGCAAAUCGUGUUGGAGAAGCUCGAAGUGACGAAAAAGAAGUACCCUGUUGACAAAGCCAAAGGCAGCAGCAAGAAGUAUGACCAACUUGAGGAUCGCUCGGCUUGA